UUUUUUUUUCUUAAUCUAUCCGAACGCUCUAGAUCUUAUCAAGUGGCGUCGGCGGCGAUGUGCGAGGAGGCGACGCGGAGCAGGGUGCUGGUGGUCGGCGCCACCGGGCGGCUCGGGGGAUGCCUCGUGCGCGCCAGCCUCGCCGCCGGCCACCCCACCUUCGCGCUCGUCCGCCCCCACCACCUCGCUGUCCCCGACUCCGCCCCACUCACGUCGCUCGCCGGCGCCACGGUCGUGAAGGGAUCGCUCGAAGAUUACCCGAGCCUGCUGGAAGCGGUGCGGCAGGUGGAUGUCGUCAUCUGCGCCGUGCCCACGAAGCAAGCGCUCGAGCAGAAGCUUCUGAUUCGGGCUAUUAAGGAUGCUGGGUGCGUGAAGAGAUUUAUUCCAGCGGAAUAUGGACUUGAUCCCACAAAGGUUCAAAUUUGUGGCAUGGACCAUGGCUUCUAUGAGAAGAAAAUUGAAAUACGCCAUUUAAUAGAGAGCGAAUGCAUUCCUCACACCUACAUCUGCUGCAACUUCUUGAUGCGUUAUUUGCUUCCGUCACUUGUUCAGCCAGGACUCGAUGCUCCUCCAAGAGAUGAAGUUAAGAUAUUUGGUGAUGGAAACACUAGAGGUCUUUGCAUAUUACUUCUCAGCUUCUCACCAGUCUGUUGUUUGGUUCCUGAAAAGAAAAAGAGAGGUUCUUUCACAUUUUGUAUUUUUAACCUCAACGGAGAACUAUUCUUUGCAGGAGUUUUUGUUGAAGAGACUGAUGUUGCUAAAUUCACGAUCUGCACCAUAGAUGAUCCCAGGACAUUAAACAAUACGCUGUAUCUGAGACCCUCGGGAAAUGUCUACUCAAUGAACAAAUUGGUUGACCUCUGGGAGAAAAAAAUAAAUAAAUUCCUGAACAAGAUAUAUAUCACAGAAGAACAACUCCUGAAAAACAUUGAAGAUGCACCAUUGCCCUUGAAGAUGGAUUUGAUAUUUAUAUAUUCAACAUUUAUUAAGGGUGACCAAACAUAUUUUGAAAUUGACUCGAGAAAGGAAGGAACUCAAUUGUAUCCUCAUGUAAAUUAUACCACAGUGGAUGGUUAUUUAGAUAAAUUGGUUUAGAAUAUUAAAUAUUUGUUUUUUCCUGUACUAGUACCAUUCCUACCUCUAUUAGUUAUAUUACCUUUCAUCUCUAGCCUACCUCAACUUGCUAGGGACUUAAGGUUAUUAUUCUUGUAUCUUGCCCAUAAACAAUACCCUUCUGUUAAAUGGUAUUUUGAAAGAAUUGCAAAAUGACAAUCAAGUCUUAGUUUGUAUGUUCAAUUAAUCUCAUUCAAUAAUAUGAUCUUUUUUGGUU